CCGAUUUGCCAACUAGAUGAUUAAAAAAAAAAGUGCAACUCGCAGUUUGUUUGUUUAGUGAUGGCGGUAUGCAUUUUGAGACUAAGUCAAGGCUACUCAGAGUGAACAGAAAACAUAUCUAAUUUGUGCUUUAAGUGCAAUAGCGGCUAAAUUUGGUCUAUUAUUGGAGUUAAACCUUUGUUCACAGUUUCUUAAAAAUAAAAUUAGCAAAAAUGUUGAGGCUGCGGACUGCAAAAAAAGUAUUUGAAUUUUCGAGCUGUAGACAUUUAAAGGAAAUAUGCAGAUCUGAAGUGGUUGGAAAAGAGUUCAGGAGGACCAAGGUUUUGACAGUCGACACUAUGAAUCCACAUGUUAAAAACAUUGAGUAUGCUGUAAGGGGUCCAAUAGUAAUAAGAGCAGGAGAAAUUGAGAAAGAACUCAAACAGGUUUUUGCAUUAUUUCAUUUACAUUACAUUCAUUUUCAGUAUUCUAUACAAUACAAAUACAACAACCAAUGUGAUUGUGAUUCAUGAUUAAUGACAAUUGAUUAUUUGUAUUUCUUUUUAUUCAAGAUUUGAAGCAUCUGCUGCUGCAUAGUGCUGCAUCAUAGUCAUAGGCCUGAUACUAAUACUAAUAGUUGUUUAUAUUUAUAAUAAUUAUUAUCAUUUUCAAAUUAGGUUCAGUUUGACAUAUGCUUAAAUUAAAAUAGUGAAUACUAUACUUAUAAUAAUAAGUUAAUAAUGAUUAAACUACAGAAUAUAACUAUAACUAUUAAUCAUAAGUGAAUAUAAGUAGCAGAUCUCUGAAAGUAGGUGUGCCACACCACAGAUAAAUUAUAAAUUCUCCAAAACACUGAAAAACAUAGAGUUUAUGGUCAGCGCUGCAGAAAUGUAAAAUAUGUAUUAUAGAAUAGAUUCAAAGAUUGAUAUUUUUGUAACAUUUAUUAUUAACAUUUUAAUUAAAAAACAAACGACGUGGUUAUGCGCAGCCGACUGCGUAUAACCCUGAGAGUUAUACGCAGUCGGCAAGUCACGUGACGUCUAUAUUCUUGCUGUGUUACAGUAUCAAUCAAUAAGGGUGCCUUGAUAUCGGGGUGACUGUGUGGUCCAAUGGUCUAAACUGACCAAACCUCAAGUUGGUGGUCUUGAGUUCAAUUCCAGCCAACGGCAAACCAUGAAUAACAAGCAUGAUUAUGCGUUGGUUGCUAUGUUUUUUCUCGAGAAUGAAGCAACAACUAGGCUUAUUGUUAUACUUUUUUUGGCUAAAAAAUGUUAAAACAUGAGAAGAAUUAUUAACUUGACCAAUCUAAUGUUAAUAUUGUUAUACUUAUAAUUAUCAAAUAUAUGUUUGUGUUGUUAACUAAUUUUGUGGCAGAUAAAAUCAUGUUUCACUGGUACAGUAAUAAAAAUAAUCAUGGGUUGAGAGUAGCAGGAUAAAAAUCGCUGUAGGGGCAGGGGGUUCUGUAGAAGAGGCAGUGUAAGUAAUACUUUCACACAGUUAUAGUUUUGCAUGGAAGCUGAAAACUGUUACAUUUAGGUCAUCAAAAAAAAAAAUCAUAAAUGAUAAAAUUUGAAAAAAGAUAAAUAGAAUGUAUUUCCUGAAUUAGUCAGUAAAACCAACCACAUAGACAUAGUCAUAGUAACAUAUAAAAACCUAAUCAAUCAAAAUACAUAACUAGACUUAGACCAUGGAAAUGCCUUUAAAAAAAUCUAAGACUUAGGCUUAGACUCUAAGAAAUGUAGACUUUGACUUAUACUUAGAAUUAUAAUAUAUAAGAUACAAGCAAUAAUACUAAUAAUAGCACUAAUACUAAUACGAUUGCUAUCAUCAAUUUCAAUAUUAAUUAAAAUUAAUUCAAUUAAAAUUUUACGUUAAACACAUUAAAAGUUCUAGUUCAAAACAACCCAUCAUGCAGCUCAUUACGCAUAAUACUUUUUUUUUAAAUUGCCAAACAAGCGAUUGAUAACCUUAUUUGGCUAAAUUCCCAGCCGACUGCGUAUAACCCUGAGAGUUAUACGCAGUCGGCUGUGAAUAACCCUCAGGGUUAUGCGCAGUCGACUGCGUAUAUCAACAUGACAUUCUUAAAUUAAAAAAAACAACAACCUGAAAUGCAAUAUUUUCAUGCAGAGAAAUAGGGUCGGAAAUAAUUCCUUAUUAUUCAGACCGAUAUUUGACUUUCUUGAGGUAAAUUUGUUUUCCUGAGAUAACUUUAUUGUCAGAUUAUUUUAACUCUUUCAUCAGGUCAUUUUAAUCAAAAUUUGUUAGAUCAACAUCGGCUACUAGAAGAUAAGCCUAAGAGGGGUAAAUUCGCAUGCAAGGCUUAGGUCCUACUUGAUUCACAAUAUUAAAUGAAAUUAAACAAAUAUUUGGAAACAUGAGAAUUUUCUAACAUGCUCCAAUUAAUUAAAGAGGCUCCUGUAGAAAUUUGACCAUUAGCAAGGAUCAUAAAACUAAAUAAUCAACUUGGUCACUAACUCAAAGAAACAGUUGAAAUGGCAUUGUCUUCAAAUCUUCUAAUUAAAAAUUAAAAAAUUUAAGCAGUCUUGCUUGAAAGAGUGAUAGUGCACUUUCACUUGCUUUAUCAGAUUUUGAACCAAAUACUAAACAACUAUAUUGUAUGUUUUUACUUGUGGUAUGCUUAUAGUAAUGUUAAAGUUCAUUCCUAAGCCUAAAGCUUAUUAAACUUCAGUAAACUAGCCUUUUUGAAUUUUUUUCCAAGAAGGAAAAACAGCCCUCACUAAAACUAAUGUUACUCAUAAUACUGGGUCCACUAAUUAUUACUAAUUUGCCAAAUAAUAACCUUUAGAUAGGCGCCUUCAUGAUUUUUAUAAUAAGGUCUACCUAAAUUAGAUUCCAGAUAAAUAAGCCAUUAUAAUUGCAACAUUGUAUUUGAAUAUGUUAUAUUUUAAAUUUAUAUUCACUAGUAUAGAAAUUAAAACUACUGGAAUUGUCAUCUAAUUAGGCAUGGUCAUAUCGAGGAUUGUUUAGCAAAUAUGUGGUCCAAAUACCUUCACCCCCACAUUAAUAAUCAAAAUUAAAAUGUUUAAAAUUGACUAUUUUAAGUAUAUUCAUAGGAACUUUGAAUUUUUUUUACAAAAUCUUCAAAUAUCUAUUAUUUUUCAGGGUGUAAAGAAAAACUUUACUGAAGUUAUUCGUGCUAAUAUUGGAGACUGUCAUGCGACUGGACAAAAGCCAUUAACAUUUCUUAGACAGGUAAAUUGAAAUAAUGUCAUCCAUUUUAAAUUUAUUUGUUAUAAACUGUCAAGAGGAAAAGAAAGUUUUGAAUUAAUUAUUGCAUUCUUCAUGCUUAUUUAUGUCUAAUAUAUAUUGAUAAAGACGUCAACACCACCAGCAGCAGCAGCUAUCAAGACCCCUCCCCAUAAGACAGAUUAAAUACUAAAACAGGUGUGGAACAAUCUAAACACCCUCAAAGUGCAAAACUAGUUGUUUAUCAAGCAUCUGUGAUCGUUACACUCUUCUAUGUCAGUGAAGUGUGACCCUCAUAUGCCAGUCAUGAAUGGAAACAGCUUCCAACUAAAAUGUCUGCAGUGCAUUCUGCACUUUUGAGGACAGUGUACUUAACACAAGGAUUCUGGCAUGUUCUAAAAUGUGCAGCAUGUUCUCCAUUCUUAGUAAAGAGGCAAUUUCAUGGGUUAGGCCAUGUAAUGAGAAUGAAGAAAGACCAUAUUCCAAAGGACAUGAUGAAUGGAGAAUUAGUGGAGGGGGCAAGACUUAUUGGAUGGCCAUGGGUGUGAUAUGAAGACGUGAGUAAAAGAAACAAGAGGGAAGCCAGCAUCAAAAUUGGCAAACUGGAGAUUAUUGCUGAUAACCAUUCUGGCUGGAAAACAACAGUGAAUAUGGGAGCCUGUAGAGAAUGCCUGAAACGGAGGUCAUGUAGCAAAAAAGAGCAACACAGAAGACUAAAGUAAAUCAGCAGGUAACAUUGUCCUUCAAGACGUGAAAGUAAAGACUGUCACUCCAGGAUUAACCUGUUAACCCAAUCAACAUAGUGCAAAUAAUACAGAAUCUACACCAUUUUCUCAUGAAGACGGAAGGAUGCCCUCCCCACAAUAUGUCUAAAUUAAAUGAAAUAUAUAAUUUAUAUUUUUAUCUUCAACAGGUGAUUGCUAUGUGUGUGUACCCCAAAUUAAUGAAAGAUCCCAGCUUUCCAGAUGAUGCUAAGCAAAGAGCUGAUCGGAUACUUGGUUCCUGUGGAGGAAGAAGUUUAGGUUUGACUGAACUUUUUCGUAGUGAAAGUGCAUCUGCCUCAUAACUAGGAGGUUGUGUGUUUAAAUUCGUAUGUCAAAAUAUUUGGGCAAGUAGAUGGAUGAGAUUGCCCUUUAUUUUUUAAUAAAAACUUAAAGAUGAAAAAGGUAUUCUAUUUGGCAUGUUAGUUAUAGUGGGCUGUAUUAAUUUAAGGCUAUCUUGACAAAUUGGCUGAGUUUAACCUUAGGUAGUUUUGGAAAAGUUUUUGGAAUGAUAUGUAAAUAAAAAAAAAAAUCUUUUUGAUUUAAUCAAAAACCUUAAUUUUAACUAUAAAUGAUUAAAAAUAAUGCAGUAAAUAAGCUUUGAUUAGUUGCAUGGUGAUAAGUAAAUAUUUAUAGUGGAAAUUUAUAUUUAAUUGUAUUAUUAGGGUCAUAUAGUGAUAGUGCAGGUGUACCAAUUAUAAGGGAAGAUGUUGCAGCCUAUAUCACACAGAGAGAUGGUAUUCAAGCAGAUCCCAUGAACAUUUUCUUGUCUGGAGGAGCCAGUGAAGCUAUCAGAGUAUGAGUGUAGAUUAGUAGUAAUUAAUCGAAAUAAAUAAGGAAGCCAAUAAAUUAUAAUUAAAUUUACCUGGCUAUUUAACAAUUUAAGUCCACAAAAAAAGUAAUUUUAAUUAUCACGAUAUAAUUGAGAGUAAAGUAGCCCAUACAUUUUAAAACAAUAGGUUUUAAAAUUUUUUGAUAAAAUCAAAUAAAUAUAUUUUGAUUGAUUCAAUUUUACCAAACUUAAAAAUUGAGGACAUUCAUUUAGAUAGAAUCAUAUAUAUUUAAAAUAAUUAGGCUUUGCUAAGUGGAAGAACGGUUUUAAAAAUAAAUAAGAUCAUGUUCAAUUAUUCUUGAGAUAUUUCCCAUGGUAAUAAAGGUGUAUAUUCAUUAAAUGACACAAGAGUAGGAUUGAAUCCGAGAGAAAUAGUCAUUUUAAAAAAAAUGUGAAGAAAUUCUGUAUGAAAGUUUUAUCUAGAGAUCUUGCGACACAGGCUUCUGCUAAACUAAAGAUUAAAUUGAAAAUAAAUUUAGCUCUCAAGCCUAGUGACUAAUGUCAUGAAAACAAAAAUUGGUAUGAUAAAAAUUAAAGAAAAAUGUAUUUUAUUCAACGUAACGUAAAGAGACAAAUGAUGUUUACUAUUGAUAAAACAUUCAGUUGCUGGCAAAUCCACCACAUGCAAUGAGAACCAAUCAAUUUAAAUUAUCAAAUAGGCAUAAAUAAAAUUGUUUAGAAAAUCUAGUGUAAGAUGUAAUUGAUGUUUAACAAAUUUGAUUUUAGAAUAUUAUGAAAUUGCUAAUGACCACUUUACCGGGCAAAGAUCGAGCUGGUGUGAUGAUCCCCAUCCCCCAAUACCCACUGUAUACAGCAACUAUUGCAGAAUUCAAUGCUCAACCAGUAAGUUUUAUUUUAUUUCUUAUCAACCAAUUUUAAGAUAUUAAUAUUAGUGAAGACGUUAUUAAAUUAAUAAAUGCCAAUAAUUAAUAAUAACAAAGCUAGCAGUCUGCAUAAUAUUCGAAGUUCUAUACAAGUUUAAAUUUGAUUGACAUGAGUUUUGUUAAAAUUGCUUCCAUUUCUUCAGAUAGGAUAUUAUCUAAAUGAGGCAGAUAAGUGGUCUUUAAGUGUCGAGGAGCUUAGGCGGGCCGUUACUGAAGCCAAAGGAUACUGCAAACCAAGGGCCAUUUGUAUUAUCAAUCCAGGCAAUCCUACAGGUGGGUUAUAAUUGAGAUAAGUUUGCCUUUUACCACAAGUUUUGUGCCAGCUUAUCUUAAGUCGUGAAAUAAUGUAAGUGAUGGCUGGUUUACUAGGUCUUUUCAAAAACUACCUCUUAUCUUCAGGCCAGGUCCUUACAAGACAGAACAUUGAAGAUGUCAUCAAGUUUGCCAAAGAGGAGAACCUGUUUAUUAUGGCUGAUGAAGUAAGAAUGAUAUUGAGUUAUGGUGAAGUAAUUUUUUUCAAUAGGACUUUCAUAGAAAAUAGAAUUACUCUUUCGGAAUCAUGUGCUGGAUCUAAAUCUAAAUCAUCUUCACUAUCAGAUGAAAUAGUAUGAAACAUUUCCAAAGCUUGUUGAGCUAGGAAACUUACUCAUCACACUAGGUCCGAGGGUAGCCAUAGCAACAUUAUUGAUAAAGAAAAAAAAAUGUGAAGAAUAUUAAUAAAAUAAUGCUUCAAAUGAUAACAAAGUUUACCCAAGAAAGAGCAAAGAAGCAACCCUAAUGUGGAAAAUACACAGUGUGAUGGUCCGUUCUAUUUAGCACAGCGGAUGAACAUACUGUGGGUUGCGUGGGUUGCGCCACAGUGAAAUGGUUAAAUCAUCAUUUACAUAAAAAUGGAUACACGCUACUUUUCUGGAGGGAAACUUCCUAUUAUAUUCUCUUUCUCAAUGCCUCUCUUUAUGUCUUCCACUCUGACUAUGUUUUUCCCAGCUCUUUCUACUUCUACUGCCAUUUCAUUUUAACUACUAUCCUUACUUUUCAUCUUUUGUCCUCCCCUUCAUUUCUCUUAUUCUUCUCCUAAAUGAAACUAAAAUACCGGUUUAUCUUUUAUUUCAUUGAGAUUUUGUCGACACAAUAUGUGUUAGCUCUUUUUAUUUUUAAACUCUCUCUAGGUGUAUCAACACAAUGUUUAUGCAGAGGAUUCAAAAUUUCAUUCCUUUAAGAAAGUUUUGACAGAAUUAGGACCACCCUAUAGUGAGAUGGAGCUUGCAUCUUUUAUGUCCACUUCUAAAGGUUAUAUGGGAGAGUAAGUUAUUUGGUAGAUUAAAUUGUGUUAUUUGUGUGUUAUAAAAUAAAAAAAACAGAUUAAUGCUGUAAUUUGUUUUGUGUGAAACAAAUUGGAGAAAUAGCCUCCUUUUCGUUGCACUUUGAAGCUUUCAAAAUCUUAAGAUUUAAUCUAUUCUGGAUAUUUGUAUAUUGAAAUUAUUCCAUUCGAAUUUUAACAAAAAAUAUUCAUGCAGAAAUUGCAAAUAUCACUUUUUAAAUUUUAUUUCAAGAACCCAUUCUGACAACAAAAAUUCUUUAUAAUAAAUUUAUAAAACAUAUAUAUAAAACAUAUAAUUUUGAAGAUGUUUAUUGAAAGUGGGAUCAUGAAUUAAAUCUUUUUUAAAAAUUAAAAAAAAAGUUACAUUGCUAUAUAGAGUAUUUUUAAAAAAAUCUAAUAAUUAAAUUUUACUAAAUAUAACUGGCGUUCUCAUGCAUCUAUCAGGUGUGGUUUCCGAGGUGGAUAUGUGGAGGUUAUUAAUAUGGAUCCGACUGUAAAAGCAAUGUUAACUAAAGCUAUCUCAGCUAAGCUCUGCUCUGCAGUCACUGGCCAGGUAAAUGGGGCUUUAUUUCUGUUUAGAUUAUACUGAAUGUUAUUUUGUUUGAUUUAAUUUGUUUAAACAUUUGAUUUUAAUUUCCCAAUUUGGCUGAUUUUCUAAAUUGGUCUUGUAGCAUUUUAGGCAAAUUUUAAUUGCAGGGUACAAUUUUAUGAUUGUCGUAUUACUUUCUAUCUUUGAAAGUAAACUAGCAUAUAAUAAACUUCAACGUUCAGUGAAGUUUUUUAAUAUGUUGAUUUAGGUUACAAAAUGUCACCUUAUGGGUGUAGAUAGGGGAAAUUUUAAAAAAAUAUUUAUUUGUGACAUAAAAAUUUUUACACAGCAACUUUUUUCUGAAAUUAUAUCUCAUUUAACUUUAACUGCUAUAGGAAGGCAUGUCACUUUUUUGUUUUACUGAAGCAUCUAUCCAUCUUAGCCAUACCCCCAAAAGAGAUAUUUCCUCUCAAUUUUUGCACACCAAGUUACUCUUUAAGUUUCCCUUUCUUGUUUUUUUUAACCUUUAUUAUUAAAUAUGUAUCUUUAGGGAAAUUACAUUUAUAAAUAUCAUUUGUGAAAACGCAAGGCAACAGAAGAAACAUUGCAGUGAUAUUUUUAUUAUCAUUGAAAUAAUUAGAAAUCAUCAAUUUCACAGAAUUUCUGGCGACCUUUGGGCAUUAUUAGAGAUAUAAAUAGGAUGUUUAAUAGACACAAUUUCAGGAUAAGUAUUACUUCUAAAUUUUCAUUUAGAGUACCUAUAGUUAAGUACAAUACAGAGUGCUUUAUUUUAUUUAGGCAUUAUUUUCAUUAUUACUACUUUAACCCUUAUUUAGGCUGCAAUGGAUGUUGUAGUGAAUCCACCUAGGCCUGGGGAACCUUCAUAUGCCUUAUUUAAGGAGGUAUUUACAAGUAUUUUUAUGAAGAAUCAUUAAACAUGGUUUUAAUUACUUUAUUUAUUUUAAAGCUUAGUUGUCUUGAUUUUUUAAUUACUAUUGACAAUGCAUUUAAAUAUUGUUAUGGUAGUAAUAACCUGCUUCAAUAAAAAAUAAACUGAUAUAAAAACUAAUAUGCAUGCUAAAUAAAAUACUAAACAUAGCCAUCUAAUUUUUAAAUUAAUUCUAAGGUAUUUCAUUUUAAAUUAUUUUAUGAAAUAAUUUUUUUUCAAACAUUUAUAAACUUUUUUCCAGCAAAAAGACACAGUGCUUGGACAGCUGUCAGAAAAAGGUCGCAUGACAACAGAAAUGUUUAACUCUAUUCCUGGAAUUUUUUGCAAUCCUGUACAGGGGGCUAUGUAUGCUUUUCCUAACAUAGACAUUCCAAAAAAGGCAGUAGAAGAAGCAAAAGUUAGUUUAUUUGAUAUAGUUUAUAGUUAAUGAAAGUAAUUAAAUGUUUUAACUUAAUUGUUUUAUUACAUGAUUUUUCUUUGCACCAGGGAUUGUUUUUAAGAGUAUUCAAAUGCUUUUUAUAAAAACAUAUUUCCGUUAUGAAGACAAAAAAUAUUAUUUUGAUCUUAUCUAUGAUUUAUCAAGUAAGUUUCAAUUAAUCUUUUAGUGCUCUUAAUAAUAUUAAUUUAUUUUUAUUUAGUUUUAUUUAAUUAAUACUAGAGGUAUGACAUAAUUGAAAUUUUAUAUUUAUAAAGUUGCUCCCUAUGCAUGUAUUGCCAAAAAUUAUAUUAUUGCCUAGGCCAAGGGUUUGGCAGCUGAUGCGUUCUACUGCUACAGUCUGCUAGAAGAGACAGGUAUCUGUGUAGUUCCUGGCAGUGGUUUUGGGCAAAAAGAAGGCACAUGGCACUUUAGGUGAGUGUAAAUAAGUUUUCAUGUGUCAAAAAAAAAAAAAUUGUACCUAAUCAGAUAAUAUAAGCAUUGUUUUAGUUAAAAUUUUUUUUUUUAAAAGAAAAGGUAUUACAUUUUUGUUCUUGUUGUUGUUUAGGACUACUAUAUUGCCACCAGUGGAAAAAAUUGCUGACAUGCUGAAUCGAUUUGGAGACUUCCAUGUCAAGUUCCUUAAUAAAUAUUCAUAGUCUGGCAUCAACAAGUUGACAAUGCAGUUCAUCUCAAGUAUGUUCUUGGAGUUAGAUGUUGCUUACUAUUUAAAAAAAGAACCAUUACUUUUUCUUAAGUUAAAUGAUACUAAAUGGAAUUGUUAAAUGAUUCAGCGUGGUACAUAUUCCAACCUCGGUUUAAUACAGUAUUUUAUUUUUAAUAGAUUUAAAAUCGUUUGAGGAAUCAGCUCAUAGUCGUUUACAUUCAAUACAAAGUGAUGUAUUGAGAUUUCAAUUAUAAAUGUCAUGAAUCAUUGCAAUUGAACGGAUAUUUGAACACAAAAAUUUUAUGGACAUAAUGAAAAUUGACAGUUCUUUCAUGUAAAGUGUAAAAUAGUAGUUAUUGUUUUCAAAGUGACAUGAUCUGAAAUUUAUAUGCACUUUUAUGAUAAAAUUUAGCCUAGUCUUGUAGUCAUUAAUGUAUUCAUCAUUUACUUAUGGAUGUCAUUGGUUGCCAUAGUAGCAUUUAUUGCAAUGAAUAUUUAUGAUAGUCCUGUUUGUUACAACUACCCCUUGGCUUUUUUUGUGUUUACACAAUUUGAGAUUAUAAAUGAAAAGCAUUUUUUUGAGAUUAUACUUGUUUACAGUUGGUACUCUCCACAAGUAAAACACUGGAGCAGAAAAAUUGAUCUGAAAAUUGAGUCUAGAUAUUGCAUUUAUUACUAGUUUGCCUACCAAUAAAAUGUAUUGGUUACGGUACCUCAAUUUACCUUCAUUAUUAGAUACAUGUAUUGUACUUUCUAUCCACAUUUUGAAAAAAAUACAUGUUUUUCUAAUGUUCCAGUAUUAUUUUUCAUUUUUAAAUGCAAAUAUACUAUUAUCAUAAAUAUUUUUCAAAUUUAAGCUAAGCAUGAGUGAAAUGUGCCUUUCAUUCUGAAGGGUUUGGGAUAAAAGCUUUUAAUUUAUAUUAUAAAUAAAUUAUAAAUUUUCACUCAAUUCUAAACCAAAUGGAUUUUUUGAAUGCAGUUGUAUUUCUUCAGACAUUUAUAUUUUCCACUGUAUAAAUAUUAUUGUUAUUAAAAAUAUACUGCAAACUUUACCUCUUUUUAAUUCAUUUGAAAUAGAUUACAAAGCGUGUUAAUCAGUGGUUCUCAAAAGGGGAAGUGGAACCCCUGUAAAAUGCUCAGUGACUGAGAGAACUACAUUGAGAUCUUCAAACACAUUAGCUUUUAAUUUCUAUUUAUUCAUGUUUUCUUGUCUCCUGAAGAAGGGAUUUAGUUUUAGCCAAAACAUUAUUGUAAUUGUCCUAUCUUUUUAAAAUAUAGAUUUAGUAGGUUAAGGAGGAGUUGCCUGUGAAUAGGGAAACAAAUUUGAAAUCAAAGGAAUUAAAAAAAUAAUUAAUCAAAUACUAUUUUUGUAACGUUAUUGAAAAGGUAUUGUGGCUAGAAGUAGAAGACAGAGGUAUAUAUUCAGGAAAUAUCUUUGACUGAACAAAAAACCUUAUUAAAUGAGCUUUAAAGAAAACCACUGACAUUUUCUUAUCUACUCCGAUCAUGAAUAUAUUUUUUGUAACUGAGAUCAGGCUUUCGAAGAGAGAAUAUUUAUUGAGGGCGACACCUUGCCAAAGAUGGUCAUCAUUAUGCAAUAGGUGAAAUUUAACUAUUAUUUCUAUUGUGACUUUGUUUUUAUGAAUGAUAAUUAAGUCUUUAUUCAGAAUGUUAAUAAAUAGUAAAUUAAUUUGUAAUAAAACUCCACGACGACUGUUUUAUUAUUAAUGCUAAUGACAUCAGUCAACGAAACACUCACAUUGAUGAUACAAGUACCAAGUUUGUUUUGUCUAUUUUAAUUUUCAAGUGUCGAAUGUCUUUACUAUUAAUUUUUCUUUAGUG